GAAUGUCUUUUGAAUGUUUAUUCUGGAGAAAAUCUUUUAUACAGUGGGUAAUGAAUGUGUCGCCUUCAACUAUUGGUUAAAAACUCCACCCUGGUAACUAUAUUGACAUCUGGAAAUUGACGUCUGCAUGUAGCAAUUAAAUUUCAAUGGAGAGUUGUGGCUAAUAGGUUACCUAAAUAAAUUAUUUAUAGACAUAUUGAUGUUUUACAACUGAAUUUUAGAUCACUAGCUAACCAAAUGAAAAUGGAGAUAGACAUUUUAUGAUGCUGUGUUUCGGUAAUUAAUCUGGGAUUAAUUACGAACAAUAAUUAGGUGAUCCUCACAUUGUUCUAAUUGGGAGACUUUGUAUCAAAAUGCCGAAAAAAGGAAAUCCACGUGAUUAUAAUUCCAGCAUAUUCUCUCCUCGAUUGCCACCUCUGAGGCCAAAACUUUUCAAGGAAAAUCGUUUACAGUUGUAUGAGAUUGUAAGGCAGGCUGAGAAAGAUUACAAAUUUAAGAAAGAUGAAGUGUUCAAACGAAUGAAAGUCACAACAUUUGUACAACUUAUUGUACAAGUAGCAGAGUAUGAAAACAGGCAUAGUACACAGUCAACAAUAGGUAAUGGAAACUACACUGACCGGCCAGACACAGCAGAUCUGGAGGUUCAACACAUACAGAGGGGCAGCCCCGCCCCCUCACUAGCGGUCACAGAGGGGGACUAUGGGGAGGGACCCAGAACAGGAGCCAGGUCAACACUUCAGGGAGUUGUGAGGGGUGUAGGUGAGGUGGAUACUGCCAGACCUGCCCAGCCCCCAGCUAAAGUGGAGGAUUUCUCCUGUCCCUAUCUGCUGCUUGACAUCAGAGAUUCUGAUGCCUUUGAGGAGUGUCAUAUAAUCACAGCAAAGAAUUACCCCAAAUCCAUGUUAUCAAGGGCAACAAACUACGAAUCUAAAGACAUGUUAGCAUUUAAAAACCAACCAGGAAAGAUCAUAGUUAUAUAUGAUGAAGACGAGAGGUUAGCGCACGAAGCAGCAACAACAUUAGUACAGAGAGGAUACGAUAACUUGUUCUUAUUAUCUGGAGGAAUGAGGAUAGCCUACCGGUAUUUCCCAGAGGGUCUGAUGACAGGGACUCCAAACCAAAAUAUCACAGAAAGUACCAAACCCCCCAAAACCAAGGAAAAGGCCUCCCAAAAAACCUUCACGACCUUUGACCUGGAGAAGCUCCACACCCAGUUAGACAAUCAACUGUCAGACAGGAGUGUGGGAAGUCGAUUGUCUAAUGCCAGUACUAUGUCAAGUAGAAUGGGUCAGACCAGUACGUCCCGGACCACUAGUAGUGUAUCCGGGACAGUAACGGGACGUCCACCCUUCAAACCGUGCUAGUCUCCUCAACCAAAUCCCAGACUCUGUGCUUGACAUAUGAUUACCAAGUUCUACAACUCCAUCUUCAACAUUUUCUGAGAGAGAGUUGUCUCUCUUUGAUUCACAACUUCGGUGUAUGGAGUUCUGCCAGCUUUCUUUAAUCAAUACUGACAUUUAAAUCCUUUUUACAAUGUGUUACCAAGUUUAUGGAACAACUAUAGGGGUUUCAAAUUUAUUAAUUGAAAUGCCUUCUCUGAAAUGUGUUCUGUCCCAUGAGUGACUAGUAUUCCAUUAUGUUAUAUUUAAUGCAAUUGCACAUGGAGUUUUUCUGAAAGGUACACUUUGUCACUGGUGCAAUAGUUAUACGGAAUCACACGGAGCAUGUGUCUAUAGGAAUGAAAGAAAUGAAUUCAUUGAUUGAUGAAUUGAGUUGUGAAACUUCAUAUUUCAUUAUCCAGAUUAAUUUUUAAUGAUUUUUCUUUUGUCAACAAAUUAUACCUACAAAUGUAUAUUAAUCAAAAUGUUCCCUUUUUAUAUAUAUUAUGUAUUGUACUUAACAUUUAUUCUGUGUGUGAACUUGAAAAUCUCAUGAUGCAAAUUCAUUAUAUUUAUAGUUUUAACUCAGUAGAACACUUGAAUUUGAAGUCCGUCCAUGCAUGCACACCUAUGUUUAGUAAGAAAAAUAUACCUGGCUCCUGGAUUCUUAGUUUUGAGAGAGAGACAUUCUGGAAUAAUGAAGUUGUGAAAGAAUUGGAUGACUGAAUGUCAUUAUUUAUUUUUUUGUGAAUAAAACAUGAUAUAUCAAUGUUCACAA